UUCCUUCUAUUCUAACUCUAACCUAAAUUAUCAAGGAAGUGUGAACGUGAUCCAUUUGAGGUGUGGGUACAUAGUUCUAAAGAGUGGAUUGUUCGUUUAUAGGAGCUAAGGAAAUUGGAAAAUAUUAGCUUUUGGCGAAAUUAAUUAUUAUUUUUAUUUUAGUUACUAAAGUAACCCAUUAAUAUUUUUGUUUGUUAAACGUGUAUUUCAACAACUAGAAUGUCUCCUUCGGCAGUCAUGGGUGGUAGAGCACAGGGACCUGGUGUUUACAAAGACAAAAGUAAACCAACUGAUAUUAGAACUAGCAACAUAAAUGCAGCUAAAGCUGUGGCAGAUGCUAUUCGGACAAGUUUGGGGCCUAGGGGUAUGGACAAAAUGAUUCAAGCAGCUAAUGGUGAAGUUACUAUCACAAAUGAUGGUGCUACCAUUCUGAAGCAGAUGAAUGUGAUUCAUCCUGCUGCUAAAAUGCUAGUAGAGCUGUCCAAGGCUCAAGAUAUCGAGGCAGGAGACGGGACGACGAGUGUGGUGAUUGUGGCAGGAGCGUUGCUGGAAGCAGCGGAGAAACUGUUACAGAAGGGCAUCCAUCCCACUACCAUCUCGGAUGCCUUCCAGCGCGCUGCUGCUAAGGCAGUGGAGAUUCUCACCGAGAUGGCAAUGCCAGUGGAACUUGUUGAUCGUGACAGUCUCGUCAAGAGCGCUUCUACAAGUCUCAACUCUAAGGUGGUGUCCCAGCAAUCCUCUCUUCUUGCCCCGAUUGCAGUGGAUGCUGUUCUCAAAGUUAUCGAUCCAGCUCGAGACACUAAUGUGGAUUUAAAGGAUAUCAAAAUCAUCAAGACUUUGGGUGGCACAGUGGAAGAUACAGAGCUGAUAGAAGGCUUGGUGUUCACUCAGAGACCUGCAAAUGUUAAUGGACCUAGACGUGUGGAGAAGGCUAAGAUUGGACUCAUCCAGUUUUGUAUUUCACCACCUAAAACCGAUAUGGAUCACAAUGUAAUCGUAUCAGACUAUGCAGCUAUGGACCGAGUGCUUAAGGAAGAACGCACAUACAUUCUGAAUAUAGUGAAGCAAAUCAAGAAGUCAGGCUGCAAUGUCCUUCUUGUCCAGAAGUCCAUUUUGAGAGAUGCUGUUAGUGAUCUGGCCAUUCACUUCUUGGACAAGAUUAAGGUCAUGGUUGUCAAAGAUAUUGAGAGGGAAGACAUUGAGUUUGUCUGCAAGACAUUAAACUGCCGACCUAUUGCUAGCCUGGAUCAUUUUGUUCCUGAGAAUUUGACCAGUGCAGACCUUGUGGAAGAAAUGCCUUCUGGCACAACCAGGUUUGUUAAAGUAACUGGUAUCCACAACCCCGGACGCACUGUUACAAUUGUGGUGAGAGGUAGCAACAAGCUGGUCCUAGAGGAGGCUGACCGAUCCAUUCACGAUGCUCUGUGUGUUGUGCGCUGUCUUGUCAAAAAGCGAGCUCUGAUUGCGGGUGGAGGAGCUCCAGAGAUAGAGUUGUGCUUGAAACUGGCCGAUUUCGCUCAGACCGUUACUGGGGUCGACGCAUAUUGCUACAGAGCAUUUGCGUCAGCACUGGAGGUGAUCCCGAUGACACUCGCUGAGAAUGCAGGUCUGAACCCGAUCUCCACAGUGACCGAGCUGAGGAACAGACACGCUCAACAGGAGACCACUGCUGGAAUCAAUGUUCGCAAGGGAUGUAUCACAAAUAUUCUGGAUGAAAGUGUGGUACAACCCCUCCUGGUGUCCACCUCAGCCAUUACCUUGGCUUCAGAAACCGUCCGCAGUAUUCUCAAAAUUGAUGACAUUGUUAAUACAAUGGGUCAGUAAGUCCUUCACUAUCAUCUCUAUUUCACAUUUCACAGGAUCAACCUAAGACUAGCAGUUUCCCAGUUUUGUAACAGCUAUUAUGGUUUAUGUUUUAAUCAGUGAUUUUUAGAAAAAGAUUAUAAUUUAUCUUUUAUUGUACAUUCUGUUGUUACACUAAGUUAAACAAUGUCCAUGAUUGAACUUAUUCUUAUGUAAUUGUUCAGUAUUGAUUUUCAAUCUGUAAUAUACAGAUAGAUUUUUCUAUUUGCUUAAUUAUGCGUUUUUUAUGUUCUUUGCAAAGAACUCAACAAUUUUAAGAAAUUGUUCCUAACAAUUUUUGAAAUAACAUUGAAUAACAGAUUAAAUGUAAUGCUUCAAUAUUAAUAAAUAAUGUUUCUAAUA